GCAACUCGACGAUACCCCUAUGUCCUCCGCAAACCUCCUCCAAAACCGUACAAACAAAGAAUAUGCCUAUUCGGCGAUCUUCGAGACCUGCUUCUCCGAUACUGCGAUCCUCGUCUUCAUCCCUUGAGAGCGAGAGCUAUGAGCUUUCCAAGCGGAUGUCAGCCCCCCCGGAGGAAGUUGCCCUGGAGGAUGAGGAGGAAGAUAUAGAGGCGUCAUCGCCUUCGCGUGGGCUGCUAGGCGAUCAGGACAAGAAUCACACUACGGCUGUAUCUUCGCGCUGGCUUAAGUGGUGUGCAUAUUUGUCAUCCUUGAGAUUCUGUUAUCGGCGGUGUGGGAAUCUACGGCGGAGGUGCUGUCAGGUUUUGACGGUGCUGCUUUCGGCGGUAGGGCUGUUACUGGUUUUCACAUUCGUUUUUAAUCCGUCGUAUACGAAGACUCAGUAUCCGGAGAAUUACGCUGUUGUUGCAGACGCUGUGCGGAAUGGUGGUGGGGUGAACCCUCAAGAGUUUUGGCGCGGAAGAGGGAAGAAGGCUACAAAGUCGGGACGGGGAAAUCCGGCCGGGGAGAAAGUUUUCAUUGCGGCAAAUAUAAUUGAUGCGGGCUUGAUCAAUGGGGCUUGGGGAAAUGCUGUUAUGGAACUGAUGGAUUUGAUUGGGGGGGAGAAUGUAUUUUUGAGUAUUUUCGAGAAUGAUUCCGGAUCAGAGACUAGAGCUGCCCUUGAGGAUUUGGAUAAGCUCAUUGCGGAAAAUAUUCCUAAAGCUGGUCGAUCGAUUGUCUCCACUACACUGCCAUUGACUGCUAUUCCGAGAGUUAAGCUUCCCAAUGACAAAACCUACAUUAAACGAAUAACAUAUCUUGCCGAAGUCCGCAAUCGUGCCUUACUGCCGCUACUCGGUUACAUUCCCUCUCUUGGGCGCUGGGUUCUAUUUCUAAAUGACGUUGUAUUUGAUCCUGUACAGGCACUCCAUCUACUUUUCUCCACCAAUCAAGGGAAGUACGAAACCGCCUGCGGAAUGGACUUCAUCAAUCCCUUCAAGUAUUAUGACACUUUUGCAACCCGUGAUAUUGACGGGUAUAAUUUGGGUGUCCCCUUCUACCCCUACUUUGCCCCGGGCAGGAGCAGGGAAGCCUUGCAAGGCGCCACCGAUGCCGUGCCCGUAUUGAGCUGCUGGGGAGGUAUUGUAGCCUUCCAAGCGAAAGUGUUCACAAAGAAAGAUCCAGUCCUAUUCCGCUCCUCCAAGGAGCCCUACUGGGACGCUUCCGAGUGCUGCCUCAUCCAUGCCGACAUCCAUGCACCCAAUGCAACAUAUAUGAACCCGUACAUCCGGGUGACAUAUGACUUAAGCACUUUUCGUUGGUUACCCAUGGUUAAGCGAAUAGAAAAACUAUUUUCUGGGCCGCACUGGCUAAUCGGGAAGCUGGUCGGAAUGCCCUGGUCGGGGGAACGGCGAAGGGACGUCGACAACGGUGGGUACUGUGGGAGCUGGAAGUUGCUUGUCAUGAAAGAAGGGGGGGAAGGUAGGGGCUGGAGAAAUUUGCCGGUACCUGAGGAUAGGGGGGAUUAGAAUUGGGGUUAAGGAAGGCGUUUAGCAUUUGGAUUUCGAUUUGGGUUCAGAUACCAUAAGAGACUGUCAACGCAGAGUACUUGGCUAUUUACAAAGUCUCCGGACACUUUGCAUUUAUCGAUACCUUUCUUGCCGCGAACGCGUCCGGAGACUUUUCAAAUGGCCAAGUAGUGGGUGCCAUCGUGGGAUUUAAAAAUUUAAAUUUAAUGCUUGGUUUUGAUGCGAUUGU